GGAGAAAGAAGAGAGACAUAUGUGUUCGUCGGGCAUUACCAUCACCAUGUAAAUAAAGUCGAAUACGCAUUUUAUAACCAGUUGGUGAUGAGUAAAAAUGUGGUGAGUAGAUACUUGUUUGUCUCUCUGAAUUCACUCUCUGGUCUAUGAUAAUCACGUAAGAAAGAAAAAAAUUAGUUUUAUUAAAUUUAGUGAAAUAAACUUCUUGCUUCAUAGCCUCUGUUGUAUAUGAUUACUAAAUUCUCGAAUGCCUUAAAACCAGCAUUAUCGACGAAAAUGCGUCAAUAAUUUGCAUUAUGAGUGACACGAAGAUGCGUAACAUGUUUUAGUUACAGUAAAUUGCUAUAAACAGGUAGCUUUUCGAACUCACUCUCACAAUACCCGCCUCCACCCCCCGCCUCCUGCGAACACUGUCAACUACUUAUUACCAUUUAUUACUUUGAUUCUGUUUUGCAUGUUAACUUCAUUUUACACUUUACUCAAGUAAUCUGAACUCUAAUGUCACUUUAGUAUUUUGCCGUAACACAAAUUUCGUUUGGCACUUAGAGUAAGUGCAAAACAUUCUAUUUGCAAGUGCAUUUUCGAUUUCGGAUAAUCGAUGUUCAAUCGAAAUCAAAAAUGGCUUACUCUAAAUGCCAAACGAAAUUUUUGUUACGGCAAAAUACUAUAUUUUCGGGUAGCUCGAAUUUCGAGUUACUCGGUUCGAGUUUUCGAAUAAGCUCGGUGCGUACCUAGUCGGAAACAUGGAUAGAUAAUGCUCGACAUUCACACCAUUAGUUUUGCACCAUAUGUCAAGUGACAUAAUUGAAACAAAAUAGAAAUUAUCAUUUCUAGGUGAUUUCAUGUUAUAGAAUAUAAUAAAAAAAUUAGGGGUGCUACUUUAAUUUUACUAAUUAUUCCAUUACUUUGUAAAAGUAAUAAACGUUUGUUACUUAUUACCGGUAAAAAGGUAAUAAAUCUUGUUGUUUUAUUAUUUAUUACGUCUUUAUGUAAUAAUUUUUCAUCAUUUUACUUAUUACCAUUUAUUACUUUUCUUCUUAUCAGUAAUAAGUAAAGUAAUAAAAGAUUAUUACUUAUAGUAUGCAGUAAAACUAUGGAGAAAAUUAUGAAUAAUUUAGUAAGAGUUCGUAAAGAAGUUUAGUGCUUUUUUUUCUGGAAUUCUUCACUAAGUGUGCACUGUAUAUUUCAAUAUUUUCAUUUUUCAUGCCCAAAUCCUUAAAACAGCUUUCACGUUGUGUACCAAUUUGGAAAGUUUUCUUUUAUAUCAAAUAACGUUUUUUAUUGUAUAUAUAUAUUUCUUUUAUGUGAUAAUUUAUACCUUUAAAUUUCGGACUAUGCGUGGUUUAUUUAGAAAAUAACUUUGCACAGCUACUUUUUUGCUUUCUGCACAAAAGCACUGUUAGCGAACUCAAAUACAAUGACAAAGUAGUCUUUUUUCUUUAACUACACGAGUUUUAUAAAGCUUGAUUCGGCAAGUAGAUAUUGAGGAAGAAUAUUUUUUGAUAAACGCAUAUGAGCUUCGUUCAACGUUUUCAUUCAGCAGUUAUUCUAGAACAGUUCAUUAAAUAGACAGAAAUUUCUUAUUCGUCUUCUAUCAAGUAGACAAAAGCUCAUUUUCUUCUUAUGUCCUCAUUUUAGAUGUAUCAAAAAUGUCAUUUUUAUCGAAAAUAAAGAGGCCCCAAACAAAAUUGACUACUAGUAUCAGUCAAACUUUAAUAACAACACAAUCAGAAACAACUCUUUCCUCACCAUCAUCGGCAUCAGCCACAUUCAAUUCAACUACACCUUCACAGAAUGACGACGAUCCAAUAUUGAAAAAUUUAAAUCCUCAACAAUUACAAGCAGUUACAUGUGAUAAUAAUCAAUCAACAUUGGUUUUAAGUGGAGCGGGUAGUGGUAAGACACGUGUAUUAACGACACGUAUUGCCUAUUUGAUUCGUGAACAUUCUGUUAAAUCAGAUGAAAUAUUAGCCGUAACAUUCACGAAUAAAGCAGCAUUAGAAAUGAGAGGACAAAUUACAAAAAUGUUAAUUAAUAUGGGUCAUAUUCGAUUAAGUGACAUGUGUUUAGUUCUUGAUAAUGAAAAGUAA